AUGCCGUAUUCUGUACUGGUAGCAGGUACGCCAGGUGUAGGCAAAACUACCUUUUCUAAAGAGCUAGCUGCGGCUAUGGGUUCGUGUCGGGUUAUCGAACUUGGCAAAACAAUUGCGGCUGAGCACCUUUACAGUGAGUGGGAUGAUGACCAUAACUGCAGCAUUUUCGACGAAGAUGCUGUUGAGGAGCAUCUUGAGAGCCUUGGAGUCUUCGGCAAGGAGAAUGUCGUGGUCGAUUUCCACUCCCCGGAUUUCCUCCCAUCUGAAUGGUUCGACCUAGUAGUAGUCUUGCGGUGCUCUACGGAGGCCCUGUGGUCACGUCUAGAGCAACGUCAUUAUACGGAAGCGAAGAUAAAGGAGAAUGUGGAGUGCGAAAUAUUCCAGACGAUACUUGACGACUGUCGAGAACACUUUGGUGAGGACAAAGUGUUGGAGCUGCAGAGUGUUUCCAUAGAAAACAUCGCCACCAACGUUCAGAGUGUUUUGGCUAAGAUUACCUCUACCGCUACUAAGGCUCAUUGA